AUGAAUGCGCUAGGUCCCUCGUUACAAGCUUUACUUCAAGAACAUAUCUUGCUUAUGUCUUUCCCAGUUGAAAAAUAUUCAACAUCAGAAGUCCCUUUUAAUCCUCCAUUUAUCACUCCAUCACUUUUGAUUCAAAUUCUAAAACUUGCCACGCAAAAGUUUCAAGAGGAUCCUAUCGUUCUUAAUAUUAAGACGCCUAUAUACGUUAUUGGUGAUUUACACGGCCAUUUAUUUGACCUGUAUAGAAUAUUUCAGAAAAAUGGACUUCCGCCGGAAGCAAGUUAUCUUUUUUAG